AUGCUGGCAACCAGUGGGUUUGGAUGGGAUAAUGAGCGAAUAGUGGUUACGACUACUGAUGAAGUUUGGGAAGAAUACAUUAGGUCUCACCUGCGCGCUGAAAGACUCCGCGGCAAAAGAAUCGAUAGAAUGGAUGACCUUGCGGUUAUCGUUGGAUCCGAUCAGGCCACAGGACGUUAUGUGCAAAGGAGUAUCGCUGCAUCAUCCUCUCGAAUUCAACGAGAUCUUAAUGAGGCAUGGAGGGACCUCGAAAAUGAUCUUGAUGAUACCAUUGACCUCUCAGAGGAUAAGGUAGCAGACUUGACAGGGACCAAUCAAUUUUCAUUGGGCACUCCUUUAAUGGAAAAUCGCAUGUCCCGCGGCACUCCUACUCGUACUUCCGAUUCUGAUGGUAGCCGGGGUGGGACCGCAUCAAAGAAACGUAUGCGGCCUCCUCAUCCCUGUGAUGUACUCGAUAUCUCUCUUAAGACUGUUGCAGAGGCUAUUCGUGAUUUUGGCCUAGGCAAAGAGGUGAAUCGUACUAGCAAAGUACUUGAUGUCCUCGAAGAGGUGCAAGGGUUGACCAACUCAAAGUUUAUCGAAGUUAGUCAGCUGUUGAGUAGGAACGAGAAGUUCGCAUCAUUCUUUGUCAGUCUUCGACUUAAGCGCCCGUCGAGUGGUUGA